ACAAGUCUUACUCCUAUACCCGAAGCACAACAAACACAGGAGAAAAUCUAGUUUGAUAUCAAUAGGUGCAUGCAAUGGCCAAAAGCAAGGUCCUUGUUGUGGGAGGUACCGGUUACAUAGGCAAGAGACUUGUGAUGGCAAGUAUUGCUCAGGGACAUACUACAUAUGUUCUUCAACGCCCCGAGAUCGGCCUCGACAUGGACAAGCUUCAGAUUCUGAUGUCGUUGAAGAAGCAAGGAGCUCGCCUGAUCGAGGGCUCGUUUUCGGAUCAUCAAAGCCUUGUGGAUGCUGUUAGAAAGGUUGAUGUAGUCAUAUGCACCAUGUCAGGUGUGCAUUUCAGGACUCACAACAUUUUGAUGCAGCUCAAGCUUGUUGAUGCCAUCAAAGAAGCGGGCAAUGUUAAGCGUUUCUUGCCAUCAGAGUUUGGCAUGGACCCAGCACGAAUGGGAGAUGCACUUGAACCAGGAAGAGUAACAUUUGAUGAGAAGAUGAGAGUGAGAGAGGCAAUUGAGGAUGCCCAAAUACCUUUCACAUAUGUUUCUGCUAAUUGCUUUGCAGGUUACUUUGUGCCUAACCUCUCUCAACUUGGAACUCUCUUGCCUCCAAAACACAAAGCAUAUCUCUAUGGGGAUGGCAAUGCCAAAGCUGUUUUCAUGGAUGAAGAUGAUGUCGCGACAUACGCGAUCAAAACGAUCGACGAUCCUCGAACUUUGAACAAAACAGUGUAUCUGAGGCCACCAGAAAACAUUCUCUCUCAAAAACAGUUGGUAGAGAUGUGGGAGAAGCUUAGUGGAAAGAAACUAGAAAAGAUCAGCAUUUCUGCUCAAGACUUCCUUGCUCCCUUGAAAGGUAUGGACUAUGCAAGCCAGGUAGGAGUGGGGCAUUUUUACCACAUAUUCUAUGAUGGUUGUUUGACAAACUUUGAAAUAGGAGAAGAAGGAGAAGAGGCUUCAGAGCUUUAUCCAGAAGUGGAAUAUACUCGCAUGGAUGAAUACAUGAAGCUCUAUCUAUAGGAAGGAAAGCAAAUUUGAUCGGCAAACAUUUAAGGAACUUCUAUAGCUCUUCAAAUCCCCGAUUUCUGAUCUGAAUAAGACCUAAAUAUGGAUCUUUUCAAAUGUAAUGUAUAAAGGUGAAACUUGCAUACAUGUAUGCCUGUAUGAGCAGCUAUGGAGGCUAUAUAAUGAAUAUUCCAAAUGGUGGUAUUUUA